CAUUCUCAAGCGUGGGAAGUGAAAAGAGAGGGCGAUCCUUCUCGUUCCUUUCUCUCUCUCUCUCUCUCCACCGCCAUCGCCACCGCCCAAAUCUAGGGUUCCGGCGAUUACCUCCUCUCCUCUCUAGGGUUUCCAUCGUUACCUCCAUCGAUGAAUACCCACGCUGUUCCCCCCUCCCGCCGCUCGCGCCGUGUUGCGCCCUCCGCUUUGUCGAAGAAGCCUCCCGCUUCGUCGGAGAACGGCGCCGCUGCGGUCAAGCCUUCGUCCCCCAAUCAAGCCCCUGGGGAGAGGACGGUGAGGAAGCUUAGGCUUUCGAAAGCGCUGACGAUUCCCGAGGCGACGACGGUAUCUGAUGCUUGCCGGAGGAUGGCCGCGCGAAGGGUCGAUGCUGUUCUGUUGACUGAUGCGAAUGGGCUUCUCUCGGGCAUUGUCACUGAUAAAGAUAUUGCUGUGAGGGUGAUAGCUGAAGGUUUGAGGACGGAGCAGACUAUUGUUUCGAAGAUCAUGACGAGGAACCCGGUGUUUGUGAUGGCGGAUACUUUGGCUAUUGAAGCAUUGCAGAAGAUGGUACAAGGAAAGUUUAGGCAUCUUCCUGUUGUUGAUAAUGGUGAAGUUAUCGCCAUGUUAGAUAUCACAAAAUGCCUUUACGAUGCUAUAGCGAGAAUGGAGAAGGCUGCAGAGCAGGGCAGUGCUAUUGCGGCAGCUGUUGAAGGUGUUGAACGUCAGUGGGGAAAUAAUUUUUCAGCUCCAUAUGCAUUCAUAGAAACUCUUCGAGACCGGAUGUUUAAACCUUCAUUGUCAACUAUCCUGACAGAAAGCACAAAAGUUUCAAUAGUAUCACCUUCAGACCCUGUAUAUGUUGCCGCUAAAAAGAUGCGAGAAUAUCGGGUCAAUUCUGUGGUUGUUGUUACGGCAAACAAGCCUCAAGGGAUACUCACUUCGAAAGAUAUCCUCAUGCGAGUAGUUGCUCAGAAUCUUUCCCCUGAACUAACUCUGGUUGAGAAGGUAAUGACUUCAAACCCUGAAUGUGCAUCAACGGAAACAACAAUUCUUGAUGCGCUGCAUAUAAUGCAUGAUGGAAAAUUCUUGCAUCUCCCUAUUCUAGACAAAGAUGGAUGCAUUGUUGCUUGUGUUGAUGUUUUACAAAUUACUCAUGCUGCAAUCUCCAUGGUUGACGGAGGUUCUGGGGCUGCAAAUGACAUGGCAAACACAAUAAUGCAAAAGUUUUGGGAUUCUGCCCUUGCCUUGGAGCCAGCUGAUGAAGAGUUCGAUACCAAUAGUGAAAUGUCUGCUCUUUUGCAAUCGGAAUAUGCUGAAACUGGAAAGUCUAUUUAUCCCCCACUUGGUCUUGGAAACUCUUUUUCUUUCAAACUUGAAGAUCAAAAGGGUCGUGUGCAUAGAUUUAAUUCAGGUACAGAGAAUUUAGGCGAGCUUGUAUCUACUGUCACGCAGAGAAUUGGACCAUAUGAAGAUGAUGAAGGUGAUAAAGUCUUGUUGGCUACAGAUAGUGAUCUUGUUGCAGCUGUGAAUCAUGCCAGAAUAGCUGGAUGGAAGGUUCUGAGGCUGCACAUUGACUCCUCUGAUUCCAAGAAAGACACAACAAAACCAACGCCUGAUUUAGCAGUUCAAAACGCUGGCUUGACCUCUGCUCAAACCACUGUUUUGUUGGGAGCGGUCCUAUUGACUGGCAUUGGGCUAGUGGUCUACCUAAAGCGAUCAGCGGUUUGAUGUAAAUCAGAUUUGAUAAAGAGUUCUAAAUAUUAACAUAACAAGUUUAUGAGCUGAGAUUCCCUUAAACAGUGCAAACAGUUGAAAGCACCUGAGCAAGUAAGAUGAUAGGCAUCUUGUUUAACUAGAGCUCCCCGUAAUUAGACUAUGGUUGCAAUAUGAACUUGACUGAGCUCCAUUACUUGAAGAUGUAGAUACUAUACUGGACGCCGCUGGUUCAAUUUUCCGGGAUAAUCAAGUUGAAGAGGUAUAAUUGUAGAAAUCUCUUAAAACCUAUACAAUUUACUGUUUUGUAUAAUAGCAGAUAUGCUGUCCAACCCUUUUUCAGCAUUCUGCAAACAUUUAUAAAAUACAAACUCAAGAAAGCAUGUUUACAAUUUUACGUAUCAACAAGUAUGUCGUUGAUCUUUACUGGGUUGUCUUCUUAACGUCUCCGUCGCACCCUGUAUCCCAUGAUUAUUCUUGACACGCUCGUGACUCACAUUUAGGAGCUUGUUCUUGAACUUUUCUGAAUGUAUUGAUCAUGAAUUGCAUACUGGACCACUUUGAGCUGUACUCAUUUCCAUGUCUGUGGCUGAAAACCAAUUUGUCUGGCAAGUUGUAAACUUGAUCUUUCUCCAAACAUGAAGUUAUCUUGUUUAUCAA